UAUAUAUUCUUUAUGCAUCAUUAUAAUCCACACUAUUUCAGUUAUGGCUCUGGCUUCUUCUCAUUACCCUCUCCUUACUAUUCCUUCCAAUUCUUCUGGAGUUAAGCUACCAAUAUUCCAACCUUUUGCCACAAACAGAACCGUUAUUUUACGUCAAUUACCUAAUAUUAUUACUUGCCGUGCUAUUGCCUCUGCAGCAAACACCAAAGGAUCGCUUGCCUUCAAUAGGACUCAAUUCCGCAAAUCCAAUCUGCACUCAAAUGGCAAAGUUCAAGAGUUUAGUGUUUAUGAGAUUGAUGAGAAUGAUCGCAACAGCCCUGCAUAUCUCCGGCUUAUGUUCAAUAAAGUCAAUUCUCUAGGUGACAUCGUUUCGUUCACCAAUAAGUUGUACAGCGGUGACAUGCAAACGCGGUUGGGAAUCACAAACGGUAUAUGCUUUGUGAUCUCUCACGAUGAGGAAAAUAACGGAGACCGUUACGAGGCCGUUUUCAGUUUCUAUUUCGGAGAUUACGGCCAAAUUUCCGUACAGGGGCCGUACCUUACGUAUGAGGACAGCUACCUCGCCGUCACCGGUGGCUCCGGUAUAUUCCUUGGUGUGACGGGCAAAGUGAAAGUAGAGCAGCUUGCUUUCCCCUCCAAGAGAUUUUACACUUUCUAUUUGAAGGGAAGAGUUGCGGAUUUGCCAUCGGAGCUUUGCUGCACCGCUCUUCCGCCGUUCUCCACCGUUGAACCAACUCCGGCUGCCAUUGCUUGUGAGCCUGGGUCCACCAUCCCUAACUUCACCGAUUAAGUGUUCCUUAGAAAUGUAGGAUACUGAAAUCUGUGUUUUUUAUGUUUUUGUUUAUUGAUUAUAUUUGAUGAGAUGAUCGGUUUUCUUGGUUUGCGUCUUAGAUAAAUAUGAAAGAUGCUGAAAUAUUUGCCAAAUAAUGAUCUCAUGUUAUGUCUUUUUUAGCUUUUGUCAUUCG